AUGAAUGCAACUUGUAAAGAUAUCACUCUACAACAUAUUCAAAUUAACCCAACAAUGAAGUUAGUUAUUUUAUUAUUUACUUUAAUUCAGGUUUCUACUACCACUGCUACUGCCGCCAAUAGAGCUCACAACAAAGAUUACGUAUACUAUGAUUGUAAUACUUGGUGCACUCAGGCUUUAAAUCAAGAAAAUGGAUGUGGUUACUAUGAUGAAGAUAUUUCGGACCAAGAGUACUUUGGUUGUUUAUGUACUAAUUCACAAUAUUUUAGCAAUUUAAGAAGUUGUGAUUGUUAUACCAAGGCUGUUUAUUAUGCAUCCAGAACUAUUUGUUCAUUAGCAAGUGAUGAGUCUUAUAGUGGCUCAUGGUCGGAUAUUGAUAUCUCUGCUACUACUAAUUAUAGUCCAUCUACCGAAGAUAGUUCAUCGACUGGGGAUAGUACAUCCAAUGAGACCAGCUCAUUAAUUGAUAUUAUUCUGUCCACUAAGGACAGCUCAUCUUCUAAAGGUAUUACCACUACUAGCACGGGUUCUUCCACAGGUGACAAUACUUCUACCAUAACUAGCUUGUCAACUCAAGGCGGUGGUGGAAACAACGGAAAUAAUGGGAAUGGUGGUAACAGUGGUAGUGGUGGUAACAGUGGUAGUGGUGGUAGUGGUGGUAGUGGUGGUAGUGGUGGUAAUGGUGGUAGUGGUGGUAAUGGUGGUGCUGCUAAUCACAAUGAACAAACAUCCGUCCCUCCAAAUUCACAGUCAUCUACAACCAAUAGCCAACCUACCAGCUCUCAAACAACUUCAGGAGCUGCUAAUUAUUUGUCAAGUAUCAGUGUUGGUACAUUUUUGAUUUUAGUUUUAAGUUUGAUUUGA